AUGGAAGUUUACAUCGAUGAUAUGCUUGUAAAAAGUGCCAGGGCCACCCAGCAUGUUGAUCAUUUGGGAGAAAUGUUUGGCGUAUUGAGAAGAUACCACAUGAAACUAAACCCCCUGAAGUGCGCCUUUGGAGUUGGAUCAGGGAAAUUCCUUGGUUUCAUGGUCAGUAACUGGGGGAUAGAGGCUAAUCCCAAAAGGAUAAAAGCCUUGCAGGAUAUGAGGUCUCUAACUAAACCAAAGGAGGUGCAAAGGUUGACAGGAUGUGUCACUGCUCUGAAUAGAUUCAUAUCGAAAGGAACGGAUAAGCCCCCGAUCCUCUCAAAACCUAUCCCUGACAAGGAGUUGAGCCUACACCUCUCCGUGUCACAACACGCCGUGAGCUCUGUGCUAAUAAGAGAGGAAGAAAGGUUCCAGUUGCCGGUCUACUACGUAAGUAAAAGACUCCUCGACGCCGAGUCAAGGUACACUGAAAUGGAACAAAUGGCCCUCACCCUGAUGGUAGCGUCAAGGAAGCUUCGGCAUUACUUUCAAUCCCACACAAUACGGGUUCUUACAAACCACCCGUUAAGACAGGUAUUGCAAAAGCUCAAAACUUCUGGUCGACUUCUCAAAUGGUCGGUGGAGCUAAGCCAGUUUGACAUUAAGUAUGUACCAAGAGUAGCAAUCAAGGGACAGGCGCUGGCUGAUUUCCUGGCUGAGUUCUCUCAUAGACCGACUCCUGCCACACGCGAAGAAGUCGAGAUGACGAAGUGGAAGCUCUAUGUGGAUGGAGCGUCGAACAAAAACGGGUCAGGCACCGGCAUCCUGUUGAUCAGCCCAGAAGGCCACAAGAUUACUUCGAUGGCUCGGCAUCUUCAGCGACUCUCAACUGGUCGUUGGACAAGUAAACGAGGAAUACCAAGCGCGCGGCAAAAAAAUGGGUGUAUCUUGAGAAAGGUGAAGGAGGAGCUCGUCAAGUUCAAAAGCUAUGAAAUAAUUCAAAUACCACGAGCUGAGAACACCAACGCUAACGCCUUGGCAAAGCUAGCAUCUUCAAGGGAUUUCGACAUACUAGGGAUCGUUCCUAUCGAAGAAUUGGAGCGGCUGACCAUUGAGGAAAAAAUUGAGGCCUUGACCAUCCAGACGGAUGAGGGUUGGAUGACACCACUUAUCCAAUAUCUAACAAAUGUAAAGCUACCGAAUGAUAAAGACGACGCCAGACGAAUCAGGUAUAGAGCCACCAGGUACCUAUUGUACGAUGGUUUGCUUUACCGACGAGGCUAUUCAAUGCCUUUGCAGCGGUGCCUAAACGAUAGCGAAGCCCAGGAGGUCCUCCGGGAAAUCCAUGAAGGAGGAUGCGGUAAUCAUACUGGGGGGCAGUCUUUAGCUCUUAAGGUUUUGAGGCAGGGGUACUAUUGGCCUACGCUUAAAAAAGACGCGUUCCAAUACGCUCGACGCUACGAUAAGUGCCAAAAAUAUGCUACAAUUCCUAGAGCACCCCAAGAAAACCUAACCCCCAUUCUCAGUUCAUGGCCCUUUGCCAAAUGGAGAGUCGACUUGAUCGGGCCCUUACACCUCGCACUGGGAGGCUUUAAGUUCACCAUCGUUGCACUAGACUACUACACUAAAUGGGCAGAGGUAAAGGCUCUAACAACGACCACAGAAGCAGCUUGCGCCAACUUCAUGUGGACGCACUAG